AUGAAUGAUCAAGACAAAAUAUGUGUCAUUCUAUUCGACGAAAUGGCCCUUAAAAAACGACUGAUACUAAAUACCACUACUGACAAAAUCGAUGGAUUCCAAGACCUUGGAAACGAAGGUGGUAGAUCAGCAGACAUUGCUGAUCACGCCCUAGUGUUCAUGCUGCAAGGUGUAAGGAAAAAAUACAAACAGCCUUUAGCACAUUAUUUUGUUAAAGGAACUGUCAGUUCAGAAAGACUGUCGGUCAUAAUUAAGACAAUAAUACAAAGAGUCGUUCAACAAGGAUUCUCAGUAAUUGGUACAGUUUGCGACCAAGGACCUACCAAUAUGGGUGCUUUGAAUUUACUAAAGAGGUUGAGCGGAAUUUCCAUUGAUGCCAAUUACUUCCUUGUUGAUGGAACAAAAAUUUUUACAGUAUAUGAUAUACCCCACCUAUUUAAAUCUAUAAGGAAUAUUUUUUUGCAAGGGGGCGAAGUGUUGUGGGAUAAUAAAAAAGGCAAAUGGAAGCAUUUAAUCGAACUCGAGGAGAAAAAUAGAAACACUCUCCAUUUCAUGAAAAUUUCGAAACGAGCAGUUCUGCCCAAAUAUAAAAGCAAAAUGAAAGUUAAACUAGCAGCACAAAUAUUAAGUAAUACGGUUUCAGCCAUACUGAAACUACAGGCAGAAUCAGUUGAUGACACUGCCAAAAAUGAAUUAAUGCAGACUGCCGAAGUUAUUGAAGAUUUAGAUCAGCUCUUUGACUGUACUAAUGGUCCGGCUAGUUACAAAGACAUAAAAAAAAAUUAA